AAAUGUCCAGGGACAUCUGGCAGGCAGGAUUUAGCAACGCUCACGCUCGCCGCGUACUCAGGACCGAAAAGACAUGCGUAGAGCCCAACUUAACUUCCCCAUGGAAGGGGCCCAGCUCCGUGUGCACACCCAUAAUGUGUGUGCACGAACAUGCAGCCACGAUUGCACAAGUAGCGGUUGAGGGGGGCGGAGCGAGGCUGAGCAGGGGAGAUUCCCGGCUGCAAGGCCAGGCUGGCUGGGGUGGGGCAGGGCAGGAGAUGCCCGGGCAGCGCCCGUAGCUCUCCCUCCUCUGUCAGCGAGAGGGCGGAGGGACGCCCGGGGACUACAAGUCCCGUCAGGCGGCGGGCUGGGCUGCUCCGCGGAGCGGCCGGAGGGAGGCCGUGUGCCCGCGGCAGUGCUGGCAGGGAGGCGAGGGGAGAUGCCGGCGGCGGGGUCCGCCGAGGGGGAGGAGGGCGGCGGCGGGGACGCCGCGGUGCCGCUGAGCCUGGCGGAGCAGGCUGGGCCGGGCGCCCCCAAGCUGUGCGGUUACCUGCAGAAGCUGUCGGGCAAGGGCCCGCUGCGGAAUUUCCGCAGCCGCUGGUUCGUUUUCGAUCCCCGCCGCUGCUACCUCUACUACUUCAAGGGCCCGCAGGAGGCGCUGCCGCUCGGCCACCUGGAUAUCGCCGCCUCCUGCUUCAGCUACCACCAGCCCGAGGCCGCCGCCGCUAGCGGGGACGAGGCCGCCGCCUUUGAGGUGCACAGUCCCGGCGGCACCGUCACCGUGCUCAAGGCUGCUACCCGUCAGGACAUGACAUACUGGCUUCAAGAACUUCAACAGAAGAGAUGGGAAUAUUGUAACAACCUUGAUGUAGCAAAGAGGGACAGCAGAACUUCACCUACACCCAGUGACUUUUCCAAAGGUCUUGUUGCCAAAGACAAUAUAGAUUUGAAUAUCCUGAAUCCAAAUGUCUCAGCAGAGAAAGCUAGAAAUGUCCUAGCUGUGGAGACUGCUCCCACGGAAUUGGUAGGAGAACAAGCAGCUUGCCAGCCAGCACCGGUCCAACAAAGUGCCAUCAAUUUCUCCCUAAAACAAUGGGGUACUGAGAUCAAAAAUUCAAUGUCUUCCUUAAGAUCUGGAAAAGGAAACAGUGAAAAUCGUAAGAGUGUGUUUUAUACCAGCGAAGAGUGGGAGAUGUUAGAUCCAACCCAAAAGGACUUAGAGGAGUCAAUGGCACUGGAAGAAAGGCGGAAACAUGCAUCAGAAGGAAACAAAGGAGUGACUAGUUCAGCCUUUCCAUUUGAUUUUGGCCGUAUUCCAUACAAAGCAAGACGUCCAUUGAAAGAAAUGAUUGGAUCAAGCAAAAAUCGGAAUAGCAGUGACACAUCUCCAGUUGAAUGGAAUUCUGGGAAUGGCAACAAACUAGCUUCUGAAAUGCAACUGAAGUUUCAAAGCCAGCAAGAAGAGUUGGAAAGGCUAAAGAAAGAUUUGUCGAGCCAAAAGGAACUUGUGCGACUCUUGCAGCAGACAGUCCGGUCUUCCCAGUACGAUAAAUACUUUGCAAGCCAUCUUUGUGACAGGGUUCCAAAAGACAAAUUAGAGCUGCUACACCAAAAAGAUGAUCAGAUUUUGGGUCUCAACAACCAGCUUGAAAAGCUAAAUCUGGAAAAAGAUAGUCUCCAGCAGGAAGUAAAGAAUCUGAAAUGCAAAGUUGGAGAACUCAAUGAGCAGCUGGGUAUGUUAAUGGAAACAAUUCAAGCCAAAGAUGAAGUGAUCAUGAAACUCUCUCGUGAGCUCAGUGAAUGUGAGGACAAUCCAUCCUCCCAAAGUGGAACAGCAAAUUCUUCCAUGUUAUCCUCUUUUAACAAGGAACUACAGGAGCUGGACAGACUAAAAGACAAUCUUCAGGGUUACAAAACCCAGAAUAAAUUUUUAAAUAAGGAGAUUUUGGAACUUUCUGCUCUACGAAGAAAUGCAGAAACAAGGGAGAGAGACUUGAAUGCAAAGUGUGCUAGCCUGGAAGCCAAACUUUGUCAGAUAGAAAGUAAAUACUUGAUCUUGCUUCAAGAAAUGAAGAAUCCUGUUUGCUCUGAGGAACAGAGCCCUGCUCGUGAUGUCAUUACUCGUUUGCUUGAAGAUGCUUUGAAAGUGGACAGCAGUGAGCAUCCAGAACAAGCUUUCUUUAAACCUUUCCUUGUCAGUGAACAUGAUAUUUAUGGGUUUCAGACAGUCCCAGAAGACGAUGAGGAAGAGAAAUUAGUAGCAAAGGUGCGAGCCUUAGAUCUGAAAUCCAUUUCUCUCACUGAAAACCAGGAGAUUUCCACAGGGGUAAAAUGGGAAAACUAUUUUGCAAGCACAAUGAACAGGGAGAUGAUAUGCUGUCCAGAACUGAAGACCCUUAUCCGCUCUGGAAUCCCGCAUGAACAUCGUUCCAAGAUGUGGAAGUGGUGCAUCAACCUCCACAUUAAAAAAUGCAAGGACAGCACUGAUCCUGGAUAUUUCCAAACCCUGCUUCAGAAUGCCCUUGAAAAACAGAAUCCUGCAUCCAAACAAAUAGAGCUGGAUCUCUUGCGAACUUUGCCAAACAACAAGCAUUACUCUUCCCCCACUUCUGAAGGGAUCCAGAAGCUAAGAAAUGUCCUUCUGGCAUUUUCAUGGAGAAAUCCUGAUAUAGGAUAUUGCCAAGGUCUCAAUAGAUUGGUAGCAAUUGCACUUCUCUACUUGGAACAGGAAGAUGCUUUUUGGUGUCUGGUUACAAUAGUGGAAGUUUUCAUGCCUCGUGAUUAUUAUACUAAAACUCUGCUAGGCUCUCAGGUUGACCAGCGAGUGUUCAAGGAUCUAAUGAGUGAGAAACUGCCACGAUUGCAUGCUCACUUUGAACAAUACAAACUUGACUACUCACUCAUAACUUUCAACUGGUUUCUGGUGGUAUUUGUGGACAGCGUGGUCAGUGACAUCCUCUUUAAAAUAUGGGACUCUUUCCUAUAUGAGGGAUCAAAGGUCAUUUUCCGGUUUGCCCUGGCUCUUUUUAAAUACAAAGAAGAGGAGAUCUUAAAACUGCAAGAUUCAAUGUCCAUAUUCAAGUACCUUCGAUAUUUCACUCGCACCAUUCUUGAUGCUAGGAAACUGAUCAACAUUGCUUUUGGAGAUCUGAAUCCUUUCCCGCUGCGUCAGAUCAGGAACCGGAGGACCUACCACCUGGAGAAAGUGCGCUUGGAGCUAACUGAACUUGAAGCCAUUCGUGAGGACUUCCUGCGUGAACGGGAGACCAGCCUAGACAAAAGGGACCUUAUCAGUGAUGACGAAGAAGAUAGUUGAGAGAAUUCAUUGACUUACACUCUCUUUUGGAAUCGUGACCAAAGCUUAUUGAGUGGGUUAACUUCAAAUACACUUCUAUUUUAUUAAUCCUUUAAAACUGAAUGUUAAAUAGUGGCAUUUGGAAAUAUGCAGGACAGAUUUCCAAACCUCAGCACUUUCUUUCAAAAAUAUUGUUUUGUAUCGGAGGUCAAACAGUUCUGUUUACACCUGUGUUCAUGCAACUGUAUAGAGCACUUAAAAAUUAAUAUCUCUUUCAAUCAGUUAAACAGCUGAGCUACCAGUUGUUCUUCUGAAGUGCCUCAUCAGUGUCUGUAUGUGAAGUAGUAGCAUAGAAAAGUCCUUGCUCUUUUAAUCUACCAUUUUGUCUCCUUUCUGAACUUGUAUAUUAUACUGAACAUAGUUAUACAUUUUUAUAGCACAGCCCCACAACAUGAAAAGACAUCAUUUUUCAGUUUCAGGCAGAUGCACAAAACUGGCUUUCAUAGUAUUGUCAUGAAUAAAUCAGCCAUUAUUUGUGUUACAGCUGAGAGGAUAUGGAAUGGAACACAGCAAGAGCUUUCAUGUUGCUCUGUUUCUUUAAAGGCAGCAUGAAAAUGGGAUAGCUAAAAAGAAUGUGUGUGUGUGUGUGUAUAUAUACUUAAAAUAGAAAACAAAUAAUCAUUUAAGCUUUCAGACUACUUUAAUUACAGUGCAAAACAUAACAGUUGUAUUUAUUUUGAACAGCUGUUUUAUUCAGAUUCCCUUAAUGCAGAGGAAAAUGUCCACCAAGUUCUGUUAUUUAAUCUUUUUGUUUUUCUUCUGGCCACAACUUCUCAAAAAAUGACAAGCAGCUCUUAAGGAGGAUGGAGUUCACCACAGGAGUCCCACAAACAUCUAGCAGAUAUUCUGUUGCUUAUGUUGUAAAGUUUGUUUUUUAUGAAGUCCUAUUCUUCUCCCAGUUUGGGGUCUAAACUAGGAUGAUGUUUGGAUUUUAGAAAAGCACCCAAGGGAACAACUUUUUUCAUGAAUAUAAUCUAUAUAUUGCAAUGUUUACAUUACAGUAUUCUUAGAAAGGAAAACAAAUGUUUAGCCAUUCAUCAGAGAAGCCUAAAGGCCACAGAGCCUGUGAAGAAGUUGGUUAAAAUUCUUUUUUUGUGGAAAUAAACCAUAUAACACACUUCCAGAAACAUGCUGCUGUGAAUGCUGUAUGCAUAUGUAUCCACGAGAGAGCUCAGGAAAUAGACCAUGUUAUUCACUUACCAUUGUCUCUGACAUUGUUACUAUGAAAAGCUUGUUGGAUACCACUGUUAUUUCACUUUGUGAUGUAUGCUGUUAGAGGACCUGAUGGAUUUUUCUUACUUUGUUCUCGUUCUGUUUAGAUUUGUUUAUAAUCUUCUUUCCCAAGCUUUUCAAUCAUCAGAAUGUCCGUUUGAUCUAAACGUUACCUUUUUGAGAGCAACAGAAAACAAGAAUUCAAACAAAAGUCAUUAAAUAUCUCUCUCUCUCAAAGGUGUUUUCCUUUCCUUGGCAAUAAAGCAGUGAGAAUUGCAGUAGCAGUUUAAAGUGUCAACUUUCAAUAACCUUCCAUUCAGCUGUUAGAUGGUAUAUUUAUUUAGAAUUGGAUAGGACUCUUCUAUUUCAGUCCUAUUCAUGUAAAAAAGGUUAGAAGGUUGUGGGGAGGAGAGGGGUGGUGUUUCACAACUUUUUUUUUCCUGUUGGCUUAACUGAAACUUGGUUAAAGAUAUUUUGCUUUUCAAUAAACAUUUCCUUUAUAAAGAAAUUGUCCAAUGUUAAGCCUAAACAGAAUAAGAUCAACGCAUAUCAUGUAACUUGAAAAUCUUAGUUAGAUGUAUAUUGAAAGACAUGUUUGUUUGUUUAACUAGCAAAACAUGUAAGUUCAAAUAUGCAACAAGCCCUUAUGCUUAUUAGAGAAACCUGGAAUGAGCCAUAGAAUUAUUUCAGUUGUGUUUUAAAACAUUUCUAGCAUGCAUAGUACAAGCAGUAAAUUUCUUACUUGCAUCUCUUACCUUAUACUUGAAUUUACUAGGCAAGUUUUUCAUAUUAUUGCAUGUUCUGUAUUCCUGUUACUUACUACUACAAUGAGUAUUUGAAUAUACAAAUCAGACCAACUUUUUAAAUGUUCUGAUUGUUUGCUGUCAGUGUCUUGGAGGAGCUGGUCUCUAACCAGAUCUGUGUCUCUUCUUUUAAAAAGAAAAUUGUUUUCAAGCGUUAAAUGAAAUCCGUCCAUUUUUGUAAACUUGUUUAAGUUCUUCCUUAGUAUAGCAACAUUGAAAAUACUAGGUUGGAACAUUUUGCUAGCCUACCAUUUGUGGAGAUCUUGCUAUUUUGAGCCUUAAUUACAGACCAGUUUAGUGACGUUAUAAACGUUUUCAAACUGAAUGCACAAAAGCCCUCAGGUGAUGAAGACUUUUGAACCGCUGUUCAGGACGUUCCCCAUAGCUGACAAGUGUAUGGAGGAGUAGAGUUGACUUGCAAUGUUGGAGGCCCAUUCCUUGUAAGAAAUGAUGUUGCUGAUGGUUAAUUUCUUGUGUUCCUGCGGUUCAUAUUAAAUGUUAUUACGGGAGUGUAAAAUUGAAUGACUGUUUACUGUUUUGAACUGCAAGUAUGUAAAAUCUGAUACACAGAUACCAUUUGUUCAAAUUGUUUUGUUGGGCACCAUAUGUGAAAUUAGUUGAUGGCUUCAGUCACGUUCCCCGUAGCCUGGUGCUUACAUCUCGGUUGGCAUCCUUGCUGCUGUCUUGGGCAGAAGGACUAAACAUUUAAAUGGGCAAUAAAGACUGAACUGCACUCUUAUCCCUAGAAAUCCCUAUAGAACAGGAGUGAGGUGCAAAUAGUAGGAGGCAGUGGGAGGGGAAGCUUGCUUUGCUAUUGUCCAUCCUGCUCUGUGGGCAAAUAAAGGAUUUUGAGUGCUGCUUAAUCUGGCAGCUUUCAAGAGCACUAAUGUUCACCUUUUUAAAUGAACAUGCAAGGUUACACACAUUCAGUAUCUUCACCAGGUGACACCAGACAAAUACAGAGCAACCUGCAAAACUGGAAUGUGUCAACAAAUAAUGUUAACAUUUAGGGCCAACUUUCAAAACAAUGCAUGAGGAUUUAAGUGUGCAUCCCUGCCAUUGUUUUGGAAAUGAACCCCUUAAUGAAAAUAAUACAGAUCAGCUUAAAAUUGGUGACCAAACGUCUUUUUGUAUGUUUAACAUCUUGUUUAGUGCUUUCAUAUCUCUUCACUACAACACUUUUACAGACUUUAAAAAAUAAAUAAUUUCAAGGUUAUGUACAUAUGUGCAAAAUAUUUGUUAUGCAUGGCUCACAUUUUAUGUGACCAAACCACUAAACUAAAAUCCUGCAGACUAUUCUUCCCUCACCUAUUAUGCAUGAUUCAAAAUACAAAGUAGCUUUCCAAUUACUUAUAAAAAAUGUUAUCUUCUAUUACAUUAUACAGAGAAAUAUGGUGCACUAUACAUCUUAGCUAUUAUUAAUACUGCACAGUAUUCCAGUUUCACCUAUGCCUACAGUAUUAUAAUCCAUUAUUAUUGGAUAGUUUCUUUUACCAGUUAAAAGUAUAUGUGUAGUUAAGUAGACAGAAUUUGCUUUUUCAUUGUUCUUCUGUAGAUGUACAGGUAUGUACACAUAGUAGGGUGUCUGAGCAAUAAGAAUAGGAUUUUGUGGUUUGAAAAAGCUAGAGUAAGAGCAUUCUUUAAUUUGACAUUUAAGUCAUGUUCACAUCCAUGCUAGUUUGUUCUGUUAAACUAUUGAGAAAUGAAACUCGUCACUUUUCCACUCUGGAGCUAUAUACAGAUGUUUAAAUAAAACUUAAGUACCAUAUUUCAUAAACAAAAUCAAUGGUGUAUGGUAUAAUAAAUCACUUUCAAUCGCAAAACUUAACUGAUCUUGUUUUGCUAAAGAUUGUUGUAAGAUUGAAAGAAAAAUAAACCAUUUAUUACUUUGCAUUA